AUGUCCGGUGACACAGAGGAGGUCACACGCCUGCGCAAACCCCGUUUCUCCUAUGAAGAGAACCAAAUACUUAUACGAGAGGUGCGAGCUCACUAUCCCCUGCUUUACGGGGCACAGAGCAGGAGACUCAGUGUGUCAGAGAGGCGCCGUGUAUGGGAGGGCAUUGCCGCUCAGAUUAACGCUAUUACCAGCUGGAAACGCACAGCCCAAGAGGUCCAGAAACGCUGGAACGAUUUCAAGAGGCGGACCAAAGAAAAGCUAGCUCGUGUUCCCCACUCCACCCAGAGCGGGACAGCAGAGGACUCGCUAACUGCUGAAGAGGAGACGAUAUUCGCCAUCUUGGGUCCCGGGGUGAUGGCUGGGAGAGGCCACUAUAGCUCUGCCACACGGCUGGGGGCAAUGGGUGAGCCUCCAAUACAUCACAGUAUACAGUAUAAAUUGCUUUGUAUAGGAACUGGCAUAUUAACUUUACUAUAUACAAGGCGCUAUGUAGCCUCACUUGGGGUUCAUUUCGCAGGUGAAAUAUGGUAAAAAAAAAACCUAAUUUCAUACAUUUUAGAGUUCACAGGUCACUGUUUGGUAGAUAACCCCCUUUUUAAGGUAUGAUUACUUCUCUACUUAACCCAUAACCACUGAAAGCUAGGUAAUGGCAGGCACUCGGGUGUCCUAACUAGCAAUAAAGCAGUAGCUCAGUAACUACAUUGAUAGAGGUUUCUUUUUAUCUGUCUCUUGUCAGGUAGACACAAAGUCAUAAAACAAGGUGUCCUCUGUCUAAUACAAUGUACUAGGAGGGAGCAGAUAAGACAUCUGAUCCACACUUAGCAACCAUGCAGUAAUGGUGUCUCCCAUUUUAUACUCAGGAGAUGAACAUUAAUUGGUGUGUGGUCUUACCUAAUUCAUCUAAAUAUAAUGUGAUGGGUUUAGGGCAGGGGUAGGCAACGUUCGACAAUACAAACGUUGUGGACUACAACCAUAGAACCUGGUAGUCUUCAACAUUUGGAGUAUCAAAGGUUGCGUACCACUGGUUUAGAGGAUGACCCACAUGAUAUGACCAUAGCCAGAGAAAGACAAGUUGUUGUUUUAGAAGUGCAGACAGAGCGAAAACCAAUUUAGAAAAAUUGUAGGCAACGUAGUGACCUGUUAAUGGAGCCGCUGAUGAUACUUCACCAGGAUUUAGAGAUGGGUUGUGAAGACAUGGGGGGGCGGAGAGAAUACUGCAACCAAGAUGGUGAAUGGACAGAGUAAGAGUGAUCAUGUAUAUUAUAUAAAAAAAGAUAUAAUAAUAGUAUGAAACACUAAGAGUAAAACAGAAGUAGGACUGUGUAUUGUAGUGUGGUAAGGAUAAGUAGGAUGAAGAAAUGCACUUACAUUUUACUUGAGCUUGAAAUAUGCUCCAAUUCGUGUGCUUGAGAAGAUUAAUCCCUACUUAUGGAUGGGAGGUGUAUUUCUUGAUCCAAGCUUGCUAUCUCAUGGAAUAUGUAAUGAGUCAAACAGAAAAUAGAAAAGCACCCAUAUAGUGUAGUAUAUUAGUUGGCUUAAUAUCCAUAAGUAGACAUGAAAUGUACUCUCAUGACCUAGAGUCUCUGACUGGCUCUAGUAAAUCAGCAUAGAGUGGUAUAAUUCCCCACUCUUGUAUAUAGACUUGGCUGGCAUCCUCUCUGUAAGAGCAUAUAAAACAGAAAACAGGAGAACAUAGAUGUUAUUUGAGCUCUCUGAUGUAGCUCUGUGCUCAGUAUCCUUCAGAAAGGUAAAAGCUGGAAUAGAUGUUAUAAAGGAUCCACAAAAAAAAAUGAAAAUGGGUAAAAUGUGCAUAUCCUAAAACUGUGGUGUAUGACAGUCAGAUAGGAGUUACUGUGGCCAAUAAAGAAUCAUGCUAGUGACACAACACAUGUCAAUGUCACUGGAUGGAAGGCACGGUCUAGAAAAUUAGUGCCAGCUAACAAUGAUGUGCAGCCUUUGCUAGGAGUACUUCUUGUUUGGUGAGACACACGCUCCAUUAAAUGAGAUCGCUCAGGGUACACUGGACUAUCACUGGUGUCCUGACAUGUAGAACAUUAAAGAAAAAUGUGUGUCAGGGCUGGGGGCUUUCUCAACCAAAUUAUGUAUUUAUUCAUCUUUUUUCUUUAUUUUAUAACCAUACAGAUUUCCAUCCAUUGGGCCCAGGAUCCUCCAGUGCUGAAAAUUCACUCAGUGGCCCAUUCUGCUCCCCUGAGGCUCCUAUUCUGCUGCACCCGAAGGAUUCACCUUCCCCAACGUCUCAGCUUAACAUUGUCCAGUUGCCCCACAUGACUCCUACAUCCGACCGAUCUGAAGGGCAUUCACCACCACCUCAAGGAUCAGGAUCACCAAUGCUUUCCCCCAAUGGGAUAACCCCACACUUUGAUCCAGCUGUUGCUAUGCUAAGGGCUCAACAGGAGACAGCUGACGCAAUACGGCACCUUACUUACACCCUACGUCAAAGUAUGGACCGUUUGACCAAUGUCCUUGCAGCCAUUUUACCACUGGUGCCAACGUCACCUCCUCCUUCAGGGGUUAUUCCUUCAACCUAUUUUCCAACAAAGACGGAGCCUGAGGCUGAGCCGUGUGACCCUGUGAGUUAUGAAGACGAUGAGGAGGAGGAGGAAGGAGAGGCUAAUGAGAGAGGCGAAGCUGGUGAGGAAGAGACCAAGGAAGAUACAGCAGAGCCACCCCGUUCCCCUUCCCCACCACCUCCUAACAAGAGAAAAAGAUUUGGGUACCUGACUCCACGUAAGAGAAGAGGACGAUGGAAAAACAUUUAG